AAAACUCCAAUAAUGGAUUCGGAAAUGGAGGAUUCCUAUGAGAGCGAAGAACAUUUGGACGAGGAAGAAGAGAACGACCCAGAUUCGCUGAUGAUGACUGAAGAGAAUACGGGUAUCUACAACCUUGAGCUUCCUUACGACCAGCUGGGAUUGUGGCCGAUGAAUGACGAUGUCGAGGAGGGCGAUGAUUCCAACGGUGAAGCAGAGGAAAAAUCUGGUGAAAAAUAUGUUUUUUCAUUCACUGGAAUAUUCUGCCGUCGACUGUAUCGCAGCCAGCAACGCCCAAAAGAAACAAACAGAGCUUUUGUGAAUGGUAAUUCAGUGAACGAAAUUCUGGAAUCAAUUUGGGUUCAAGCCAAAAACUUAAUGGAUCGACAAGUCACGUUCGAGAAUGACGUUCCCAGUUGGGUGGAGAAAACUGAACCAACCAUCGAAGACAUGCAUGAGUUUGUAACUCUGCAAGUCGAUGUAAAGAGAAAACUGUAUGCAGUUAGUGUUCUGACACCACGGCUGCUGACGAACUGGCGAGACAAAUGUGUCAAAAUAUUUGUCUAUGCCUAUUCAUCAAGGGUGGAAACAGCCGGGCAGUACCAGCAGGUAACAAAAAAAUUAUUGGCGCCGCAAAAUCCUGACCGAGCGGGUGCCCAUUCAACAAGGGAUGAUGCUGCGUUGGUUGAUGAGCUACGCCGAAGUCAUUGCCACCUCGAGGGCCAUCAGAGCUCAUGGCUACUAUGGGCCAAUACAAUAAAUUCCUCGCCAGCUCAUAAGCAGGAGGAUUUGAAGAAAGCGGAAUCCCCGCCUUUCGAGCUUUCGAAGUAUUUUCGAUGGGCUGCUGUGUCUGAAGCAGCUCGUUUACAAUCACUUCACCGAGGAAUGGUUGUAGCUCGGACAUCGAAUAGUGCCUGGUGUCGUGAACUAGAUGAUGUGAAGACCGAAGUUUCUCUCGGAAUUUCAAUUCUCCAAGGAGUAAUGCAAAAACUGGAGGCCAUGAAUUUUUGGGGUCAUACUGAGUCAGAGCUUUUCAGUGCGAUGGAAUCUGCCACCCAACCGGAAGAAUCAAGCUUGAGUCACCCCUUGGCAGAGAAAGUCAUAGAUUGCACUGAUAUCGAUCAUGCGUAG